GUUCCCCGACCAGGGAUGGAACCCUUCCCCCCUGCAGUGGAAACACUGAGUGUUAACCACUGGACUGCCAGGGAAGUUCUAACAAUAUUCUUGUAUUAGAGUGUCACUGAAGAGCUUGAGUGACAGGUGACAAGAUUCAUAUUUUAGAAAGAUCCCUGUGGCAACCCAGCGUAAACUGAAGGAAGGGAAAACCAGGUAGGCUUUGCAGUCUUAACUGAGAUACUUGAGUACUUUAAUAGAGCAGACUAAACAUUAACCGAAUGUUAAAACCAAUUGAUUGUAGAGAGGAGUCUUCAAAACUAACUUCCUAGCUUUGGUUGCUGAGCGGGUAACAGUGCAUUUACAAAGUUGGGGGACUAGGAGACGGUUGGGUGGGGGGAGUGAGAGCCUGUAUUAUGCUUUUCUGCACCCAUAGCGAGGUUUAGUCAGUGCAAAGGCAGUCCUCAAGCCAAAGCUACAUUGGAGGAGUUGAAUGUUUCACAGAAAUGAACUUAAAACGGCUAGCAGCUUGUCCUUUAGACUAUUGAAACUGCCCCUCCACCAGCAUGACACUGCCUUUACCGCUAGGAAACUGAGAUGACUGGUAUCAUUCUUUACUCACAAUCCGUAAUUUCUUUGUGGUUUUGUGUAUAGAGUACGUUAUAAAGUGAUAUAUUUUGUUUGAAAUCCCAGCUUCCACUAGUUGUGGGAUGAUAGACACAUCUACUACUACUGGUAAAAUGCCUCAACCAUUUUUUCUUUUUUUUUUUUUAAAGUACAUUGUCUUCACCAAUGAAUUGUAAAUUCUUGGGGAUUUUCUGUCCUUUUUUUUUUUUUUUUCUACUACAGUUCCUAGCAUAGUAAUUUACAAUAUAAAGUUUCUGGAAUGACUGUUACAGCUCGGUGCUUUCAGUCCCUGGUUUUAAUUCUUUGUUUUGUGGGCCACAAGGAGAUUUGUCCCAACUUACAAUUUCUUAUAGUUCCUCACGGCUCAAUUUUUAAGAUAGUUGCCUUAAUGGCAAAGAUCUACCUAGUCUCAGGGGUUAAUGCAGUUGCAAUUCUUACAUUCAUAGAAGUUAAGGGAUGAGCUUGAAUAGUAAAGAACACAUUUGAUUUUACAGAAAAUGACUUUCAUUUAAGUGGGUCUAACACGAUAUUGUAAAUCAACUACACUUAAAUUUUUUUAAAAAGUAGGUCUAGAAUUGGUGACUCAGGAUAAGUAAAAAUGAAAAUUACAUUCCACUUACCUUUUAUACAGAGAGCUAACCAUAAAAGAUUUUGCAUGUGUCUAAGCACCUGGCACCUAGUGAGUGCAUAUCUUUUCGGUGAAUAACUGAAUUAAAAAGUGAAAAACUGCCUCAGUAAGGACACCGACAUAUCAACAUCCCAUUACCAACAGCACCCACUAGUCUUCCCACAGCUCAGCUCACGUGGGCCGCCAAGUGGCUUUUAUUGGCUGGUUUCGCGCGAAUGACACGCGAUGGACGUGAUGCAACUCAGCGUCUUCCGCGGUGAACUUCUUAUGGGUGACGCUAGCCAAUCAAGAAGCACCUUUCCACCGCUAAGUCCCUCCACCUGCCUGGAGAGGCGAGGGGCGGGGCUGGCGCUGGGCGCGGAGGCGUCACGUACUCCAUGGUAACGAUGCUCGGCCUGAAGAUGGCGGCCGGGACGGGUGGAAGAGCGGGCUCCUCGACUUCAGGCCGGGGCCCGAGCCGGUGGCACUGGAGCGGUUCUUUAUGGGUCCGAGGCGUUUUACUCCUGUUGGGCGGGCUCUGGGCAAGCGCUACAUCUAUUCCUGUCUCCUUGGGCAGUUCUCCUCCCUGCCGGCACCACGUCCCCUCUGAGUCUGAGGUCAUAAAUAAGGUCCAUCUUAAGGCAAAUCAUAUUAUAAAGAGGGAUGUUAAUGAACAUUUAAGAAUCAAGACUGUCUACGAUAAAAGUAUUGAAGAGUUGCUCCCUGAGAAAAGACAUCUUGUAAAGACCAAACUUUUUCCACAAGCUGUUUCUUAUUUAGAGAAGACUUUUCAGGUUCGUAGACCUGCGGGCACCAUAUUACUUAGUAGACAAUGUGCAACAAACCAAUACCAAUACCUACGGAAGGAAAAUGAUCACCAUAGAUGCUGCACUGGGGAAUGUGCAGAGCAUACAAGAUGUGGCCCCGUUAUAGUGCCUGAGGAGCACCUCCAGCAAUGCAGAGUCUGCUGUGGGGGUAAGUGGCCCUGUGGAGCAGUGGGUGUGCCAGACCAAGAGGGAGUCCGGGAUGCAGACUUUGUUCUUUAUGUUGGUGCUCUGGCCACUGAGAGGUGCAGCCAUGAAAACAUCAUCUCUUAUGCAGCCUAUUGUCAGCAGGAAGCAAAAAUGGACAGGCCAAUUGCAGGAUAUGCUAACCUGUGUCCAAAUAUGAUCUCUACCCAGCCUCAGGAGUUUGUUGGGAUGCUGUCUACAGUGAAACAUGAGAUUAUUCAUGCCCUGGGUUUCUCUGCUGGGCUAUUUGCAUUCUACCAUGAUAAAGAUGGAAAUCCUCUAACUUCAAGAUUUGCAGAUGGUCUCCCACCUUUUAACUAUAGUCUUGGAUUAUAUCAAUGGAGUGAUAAAGUAGUUCGAAAAGUGGAGAGAUUGUGGGAUAUUCGAGAUAAUAAGAGAGUUCCUCACACUGUGUAUCUUCUAGUAACACCUCGUGUUGUUGAUGAAGCACGAAAACAUUUUAACUGUCCAAUUCUGGAGGGAAUGGAACUUGAAAAUCAAGGUGGUAUGGGCACUGAGCUCAAUCAUUGGGAAAAGCGAUUAUUAGAGAAUGAAGCAAUGACUGGUUCUCACACCCAGAACCGAGUCCUCUCUCGAAUCACUCUGGCGUUAAUGGAGGACACUGGCUGGUAUAAAGCUAAUUACAGCAUGGCUGAGAAGUUAGACUGGGGCCGAGGAUUGGGCUGUGACUUUGUCAGGAGGAGCUGUAAAUUCUGGAUUGAUCAGCAGAGACAAAAGAGACAAAUGCUGAGCCCUUACUGUAACACGCUCAGAAGUAAUCCAUUGCAGUUAACUUGCAGACAGGACCAGAGAGCAGUUGCAGUGUGUAAUUUGCAGAAGUUUCCGAAACCUUUACCUCAGGAGUACCAGUACUUUGAUGAACUCAGUGGAGUACCUGCAGAAGAUCUACCUUAUUAUGGUGGUUCAGUAGAAAUUGCUGACUACUGCCCUUUCAGUCAGGAAUUCAGUUGGCAUUUAAGUGGUGAAUAUCAGCGCAGCUCAGAUUGUAGAGUAUUGGAAAAUCAACCAGACCUUUUUAAAAACUAUGGUGCUGAAAAGUAUGGACCUCAUUCAGUUUGUCUAAUUCAGAAAUCAGCAUUUGUCAUGGAAAAGUGUGAAAGGAAGCUGAGUUACCCGGACUGGGGGAGUGGAUGCUAUCAGGUUUCUUGUUCUCCACAAGGUCUGAAGGUUUGGGUUCAGGAUACUUCAUAUUUGUGUAGUCGGGCCGGGCAGGUCCUCCCCGUCAGUAUUCAGAUGAAUGGCUGGAUUCACGAUGGAAACUUGCUCUGCCCAUCAUGUUGGGACUUCUGUGAGCUCUGUCCCCCAGAAACAGAUCCUCCAACUACUAACUUGACCCGAGCUCUACCCCUAGAUCUCUGUUCCUGUUCCUCUAGCCCAGUGGUUACCCUUUGGCUUCUGCUAGGCAAUCUGUUUCCUCUGCUGGCUGGAUUUCUUCUGUGCGUAUGGCAUUAGGAAUGGAAAAGUGAAUUCUGAAGACAUUCCUUUGUGUCAUGUUCCUCUGAACAAAGCACAAAAUCUGGGCGAGUGCCAGCCUAUGCAGAUGGCAGAAGUGGCAUUCCUGACUUUGGCUUGGAAGUGUUGACCAUAAUCAGAUCUUGAAGCAGAGCUUCACAGCAAUCACUCCUCGUCAGCAACCCAACAGCCUCAAAGUUUGGAGAAGGAGGAGGAAUUCCAAAUCACCAAGUCUCUUUAUUUUUCAGGAUAAAUACUCUUCUUGAAGUUUUCCUUUGAAAAUGGGAUAAUAGGUGAAAAAUUCAGUUAUUACAUACCUCAGCAUCUUCAUUAACCUAAAACAAUGGGAAAGUUCAUCACUGCUGCAAUAAUUUAAAGAACAGCUAAUCAUUGCAAGGUUAUAAGUUGUGGACCCUGUCCUCAAAAGUAUAAAUUGUCCUUUGACUUACAGAAAAUAACUUGAAUUGGGAUUUCUACAUCACUAUUAUACCUAUUUUGAAUUUAAUGACUGUAUAUGGUACACCUAACUCAUUGUUCUCAUUGUUUUUUUUUAAAAUUAUGUUUUGCUAAAUCUUAUGAUUUAACCAUGCUAGCCUUUUCAAACCAGCUGUGUGGCAGUUUCCUGCUGAACCAUUAGGUGUUGGUAGCUGUAUCUGUACUAAUUGAUCUUCAGAGAGUAGCUUCCAGUUGUAUUCUCCAUUAGUUUAAUAAUGACUUGAAAAACUGGGAAGCAGAGAGAGAAAAAUACUCUGCCCUGUGAAAACAUUGAAGACAUGCAAAUAAAAGAAAACCUAAUUGUAUGUUUUUCAGAUAAUAGUUAUGACAACUGCAAUCCAACAAAAAUAGAACUUUCCUUUUUGACCGAUGAAGAUAAAAAGAAAUUCUGGUAUAGACAGGUAUGCAGUUAUUUUCAAGUGGGCUUAGGAGU